UGCUCCCGGUGGGCGGCGCCGAGCGCGGCGUGGAGGACGAUGUUCUGGCUGCCGCUUCCGGCUGCGGGGCGAGUCGUCGUCCGACGUCUGGGCGUGCGGCGUCUCUGGGAUCGGGGCAUCUCCACCGCAGACAUGACGAAGGGUCUUGUUUUAGGGAUCUAUUCCAAAGACAAAGAAGAUGAUGUGCCACAGUUUACAAGUGCAGGAGAGAAUUUUGAUAAAUUGGUGGCUGGGAAGCUGAGAGAAACUUUGAACAUAUCAGGACCACCCCUGAAGACAGGCAAGACCCGGACCUUCUAUGGUCUGCAUCAGGACUUCCCCAGCGUGGUGGUGGUGGGCCUCGGCAAAAGGACAGCUGGAGUCGAUAAGCAGGAGAACUGGGAUGAAGGCAAAGAAAACAUCCGAGCUGCAGUGGCAGCUGGGUGCAGGCAGGUCCAAGACCUGGAGCUGUCUGCGGUGGAGGUGGAUCCCUGCGGGGACGCGCAGGCCGCUGCGGAAGGAGCUGUGCUUGGUCUCUAUGAGUACGAUGACCUCAAGCAGAAGAAGAAGACGGCUGUGUCGGCCAAGCUCUACGGAAGUGGGGAUCAGGAGGCCUGGCAGAGAGGCGUCCUCUUUGCUUCUGGGCAGAACUUGGCCCGCCACUUGAUGGAGACUCCAGCCAACGAGAUGACGCCCACCAGAUUUGCUGAAAUUAUCGAGAAGAAUCUCAAAAGUGCCAGCUCUAAAACAGAGGUCCACAUCAGACCCAAGUCUUGGAUUGAGGAGCAGCAGAUGGGCUCAUUUCUAAGCGUAGCCAAAGGGUCUGAAGAGCCUCCCGUCUUCCUGGAAAUCCACUACACAGGCAGCCCUAAUGCUGGUGACGCACCUCUGGUCUUCGUUGGGAAGGGCAUUACCUUUGACAGUGGCGGAAUCUCCAUCAAGCCCUCCGCAAAUAUGGACCUCAUGAGGGCUGACAUGGGGGGAGCGGCGACCAUAUGCUCGGCCAUUGUGUCUGCUGCGAAGCUCAAUCUGCCCAUCAAUAUCGUAGGUUUGGCUCCUCUUUGUGAAAACAUGCCCAGCGGCAAGGCCAACAAGCCUGGGGAUGUGGUUAGAGCCAAGAACGGGAAGACCAUCCAGGUUGAUAACACGGAUGCCGAGGGGAGGCUCAUCCUAGCUGAUGCACUCUGCUACGCUCACACCUUUAAUCCCAAGCUCAUCAUCAACGCCGCCACCUUAACAGGUGCCAUGGACAUCGCCCUGGGGUCCGGUGCGGCCGGGGUCUUUACCAAUUCCUCCUGGCUGUGGAACAAGCUAUUUGAGGCCAGCAUUGACACAGGAGACCGUGUGUGGAGGAUGCCCCUCUUUGAGCAUUAUACAAGACAAGUUGUAGAUUGCCAGCUUGCUGACGUCAAUAACAUUGGGAAAUACAGAUCUGCAGGAGCGUGCACAGCUGCAGCCUUUCUGAAGGAAUUCGUGACCCAUCCUAAGUGGGCGCAUCUCGACAUAGCGGGUGUGAUGACCAACAAGGACGAGGUGCCGUACCUGCGGAAGGGCAUGACCGGGAGGCCAACACGCACGCUCAUCGAGUUCCUGCAUCGCGUCAGUCAGGACAGCGAUUAGCUCGCUGUCUUCAGCAGUGGAGCCUGCAAACGUUUUUAGAUGGAGGAAAAAUCUUUUCGAGGCAACAAAGGAUGUUUAUUUUGAAAGUGCAGCACAAUGAAAGACGUGUAUGCCUUGGUGUGAAAGUUUCAUUUUAUGCAAAGUGUCAUGAAAGUAAAGCUAGUAUCUUGCUUGGCAAGAUUUUUUAAGGUGUUCUACACAUGGCAAUUAAUUU